AUGGAUUCAGAAUUUUCGAAACAUCAAAUUCCCAGUUACAAUUUCAACUUGAUGGAACCUCGGUUUUUGAUGGAGACAGAGGACGGCCCAGUAUAUCUGAGAUGGGCUCGUCAUGAAAAAGACGUUGACAGAAUUGCCAAAUUUUGCGCGGAUCAUUCGUGUGAAGUCAAAAAUUUCAUCCGAUGUGGUAACUACACUAUGGAACAGACAUGGACAAUCGCGCUGUCGAGACACCGGGAGGCGAUCUUCAAGAUCAUGUAUAACUAUAUAAAACCGUCAAUGAUAACGGAAGGUUGGGUAUUUGUAGUCGAGCAAGGUGCUAAUGUCCUGGGGGUCUUGGCAUUUCACAUGAAGUCACAAGGCUUCAAUGACCCAUGGACAGAGAAUGAGAGAUGUAAUGCUUUGUCUCCCGACAGAGUUUGGGUUUUCCCACCCGAGUACGCUGAGCGCGUUAAGAAUAUACGUGGUGAGGGGUGCGACAAUGGUAUUCUCAACGUUCCCUACUUCGUCCCUUGCCAUAUGCCGCAAUUCAGCCCGUGCUGCAUCGCUGCUUUCGGAUUGCUGCUUGAGGAGGUGACUGCAAAUCUCGGACGGACAACGAUCGUAUGCAUGCAGAACCAGAGCCCGCGUAUGGAAUCCGAAAUCAAGUACUACCUCAAAGGCUGGAGUUUUGUAUCUAGCGGCAACUUCGAGGACAGCAAGAUCGGCGACAUAGAAACUGACUCCACUUACACUGUUUGGCUGCGCCGUUUCGAUGACUCGACCCCUGAGGGUUCUCUGCCCUACGCCGUAUUCCGUGGUCUAAAUACCUUCCUUGAACGCAUCAAUCCAAAAAUUCAAUGGGAACGAGUAGAUAAGGUGCUCUCAUCAACUCCAUUCGGCACAGGCCAAUUAAAAGAGCUAUUGAACGCAUCCUUGAUUGACAGUGAGCCAGAAGAUGGAGAUUCAGAAGAUGGGGAUCCAGAAGAUGGGGAUCCAGAAGAUGGGGAUCCAGAAGAUGGGGAUCCAGAAGAUGGGGAUCCAGAAGAUGGGGAUCCAGAAGAUGCGGAUCCAGGAGGUGAAGAUUCAGAGGAUGGGGAUCCAGAAGAUGGUGAUCCAGGAGGUGAAGAUUCAGAGGAUGGGGAUCCAGAAGAUGGUGAUCCAAGGGGUGAAGAUUCAGAGGAAUGGAAUCCAGACUAUACGCCUCUAGUGGCUGAAUAUUUACUGAGAUGGCUAUCUACUGGAUGA